AUGGACUUAAAAAUAAAGCUCUGGCACUCUAGUCUAGGGGAAGACCAGAGAGGCGCGUCACUGGCGGAACAAAUUGACGAAUCCACUUUCUGCACACUAAAUGAUGAUGCCCCCACACGGAUUAUGGGUAACUGCGCCAGCUCUCCAGACAUCACAAUAGCGAGCCCUGGUCUAAUAAACUACGCAACUUGGAGAGCAGUAGUUUUUCUAGCCUCAGACCACUUACCCAUAAUCGUUUGUCUGGAUCGACCCAACGACUUUAUCGUCUCUGAACGACGUCUCUACAUAAACCAAAAGAAAACAAACUGGCUCGGCUUCAGAGAAUUCACUGAUCGCAUUUUCAAUGAUCUUCCAGCUCCUAGCAACGUACACCAAGCAGAGAGCAAGUUCCGCGAAGCUGUCAUCGCAGCAGCAGCCCGCUUUAUUCCUGCUGGUCGACUAUCCAUAGUGCGGCCGCACUUCCCAGCAGAUGCAGCGAGACUAGCAGACGAGCGCGAUGACCUCCGAAAUAUCAACCCCGACGAUCCACGUAUUGUCCAGCUGAAUCACGAUAUUAGCAGGUUGGUAAAUGAGGACAAGCGGAAUAAAUGGUUAAAUAAUUUGAAGAACUGCAACUUAAGCUCAGGUGUCAGUAAGUUGUGGUCUACAGUUCGGUCUCUCUCCAACCCGACGAAGAAGGAUGACAGGGUCGCGAUUAAGUUCACUCAGAUCUCACAAGGCUUGAACCAGCAGAGGCCUUGUGAAAGGACACUCCUAGUGGCGAAGGCCUUCGAUACAGUCAGCCAUACCACUCUCUUCCAGGACAUCCUGCAGUCCACUAUGCCCAACAAUUUGAAGAGAUGGAUUGUAAAUUAUCUCAGUGGCCGUCAAUCGUUCGUUGAGUUUAGAGACAAAUGUUCCAAAACCCGUAGAGUUAAACAGGGUGCACCACAGGGCGGCGACCUAUCCCCCUAUUAUUUAACUUCUACCUCUCUAAACUCCCCACACCUCCACAAGGUGUGGAAGUUAUUUUCAUUCUAUUUGAAAAAGGAUGGAGCAAAUGCUACACCUUUUAUAGUAAUUAAAGAGGGAUUUAAAGAACUUUCAACUGCACAUAAUCCGGGCAAAUAA